AACGACGUCCACUUAUAAAAAAAUAAAUGAUGAAUUCUUCUGUCAUUUCGUAAGUGUCAAAAUACAAGUGUGCAAGUUUUGAUUUGUUUAUCAAGUAAAUACUACAGAUGAAAUUGAUAAUUACUAAAUAUAUUAAAUGAAAAUUACUUGCAAGCAUAUUCUACUGAAUACUAGAUACAAGAUUUACGUUUAAUUCGCGUUCUAACGAUACAAAUCCUUCCGAUUUUAAUUUAUCAACUGCCUAACCUCCUCUUGGGUUGCCUGUUUUAAUGGCUAAAAUGUCCAAUUUCAUGAAUGAAAGUGUGUACACGCACACUUUUACACCUAAGGAAUAUCAAGUGGAACUACUGGAUUCUGCUAAGGCGAAAAAUACGAUCGUUUGUUCGAGCACCAGCUCAUCGAAAGCCUUUAUUGUUGUGAAAUUACUCCAGGAGUACUCCUGGCAGAUGCGAGUGCCUUACGGCAAGAAGGCUUUGUUCAUCUUGGAUCCACAGAAUGUACCAAUAAUGACGUGUCACGUGAAGUACCUCACAGAUCUAAGUUGUACGAGCAUCGAAUGGAACAGCGAAAUCGACUACAAAAGAAUCGAGCAAGAUUUCAAAAAGAACCAAGUGAUUAUCUCUACGGCAGAAAUGUGCGUUGAUGUGUUCAUGUACGAGAACUUGCUAGCGGACUUUUCGAUCUUCAAUUUAAUAGUAGUGGACGAUUGCCUUUACGGACACAGGCAGUCUUUGAUUAAGUUAAUUAUGAACAAAUACAAGCAUUUAUCGAGCGAGAAAAGACCUCGUAUUCUUGGGUUAACGACCGGUUUGCUGAGCUCCGAAUUGCAACCAGAUCGGUUAGAAGCGGAAUUGAUACGAUUAGAAAAAUUACUUGAUUCACACGUUGACACAUCAUCAGAAAUAGUUACGCUGAUCCGGUUAUCAUGCAGACCACACGAAUGUAUAAUCGAAUGCCCCGGCUGGGAAGGCCACGACUUAGAAGAGUAUAUCAAAACUAUCGUAACAGACACGAUAGAGUUCCUCCUCGAUCACCGGUUCGAUCCUAGCGAAAUAUACGACGACGAAUUAUUAGAAGAAUUUAAGCAAGUUCCUGAUCCUAGAGAUGUCCCGUUAAAGCUCUUGAACGAGUUUCUCGAAAUCCUCGAAGACUUGGGCCCGUGGGGUGCAGACAAGGCAGCUUUACAUAUACUUUCGAAAAUUGAAAAGCUGAAGGUGAAAGUACCCUACGAAAGACACUACUUGCUUCUGUGCAUUACAUCUACCACUUUAAUUAGCGUUAGAGCGGCCUGUGAUAAUGUUUUCGAAUCCUACAGCGACAGCCUCGAAACGCUACAUACCUUUUCAAAACCGAAAGUAUUAAAGUUUAUACAAGUGUUGAAACAAUUCAAACCUCCAGGCAGCAAACCCGAGCCCAACACGAACGCAAACACCAAAGAACCAACACCCGAAGAAAUUUCAAUUACAAAAAACAGAGGCAGGAGUAAACCUUUUAGAAGGCCCUUCGCGUUUCAGAGGCCUCAAUCGGAUGACAAUUUAUGCGCUCUUGUAUUUGUGCAUAGCAGAUACAAGGCGAAGGCUCUCUUUACUAUAUUAUGUACCUUAUCCCAAAGCGACGACGAUUUGUGGUGGGUGUCCACGUUGUUUUCCGUAGAAAAAGUAGCGGACUCCGUGAGCGAACCGAGAGAAGCGGAGAACGAGCACAAAACACAAGAAGAGGUUCUUAGGAAAUUCAGGUGCCAUGAGUGCAACAUACUCAUAACCACGUCUAUUCUAGAGCAAGGCUGUGAUUUACCGAAAUGCAAUCUAGUGAUUAGGUUCGAUUUACCGAAAAGUUUUCACAGUUACAUUCAAAGCAAAGCGAGAGCCAGGGCGGCGGACGCUUAUUACGUGUUAUUCAGCAACCAUAGCGAAGUAGAAUCGUUCGUGAACGACCUAGCGGAGUACAACGAGGUGGAGAAUAUUCUGUUGAGGAGGUGCUAUAGUUUAGAACCCGAUAAAGAGGAGGAAAUGGUGGCGGAUAAGUACACGGAACUGUGCGUUCCUUACAAACCGCUGGAGGAAAAGGGCGCUCCGAGCAUUACGCUGUUGAAUUCGAUACCGUUGUUGAACAAGUAUUGUGCCAAAUUGCCCAGCGACACUUUCACUAAACUAACGCCUAUUUGGAAGGAGGAAAGAAUCGACAGCAGUUUCGUCUGUCACAUCCGGUUACCAAUCAAUUCUCCCGUCAAACAAACUAUAUCUAGUCCGCCGAUGCCAAAUUGUUUGUUAGCUAGAAGGGCCGCUGCCUUUAUGGUGUGCCAAUUGCUUCACAAAUCCUCGGAAUUGGACGAUUACUUGCAGCCGAUCAACAAGGAAAACUUCAAGGCUACCGAAGAAGACUGGACUAAUUUUUCUUUAGACGACUCGGAGCCCGAUGACGAGUACACGGAAAUCCGACCCGGCACUACUAAACGCAGGCAAUACUACUACAAAAGGAUAGCCGAGGCUUUGUUAGAUUGCCAUCCAGUGCCUGGAAAACACACGUAUUUCUACGAAGUCGUUAUGAUAUUAACAUGCCCUUUGCCCGAGGAACAAAACACGAGAGGCAGGAAGAUUUACCCGCCCGAAGAAUCCGCACAAGGUUUUGGAAUUUUAACUUGCAAAGUGAUCCCAAAGAUAAGUGCCUUUCCGAUUUUUACGAGAUCCGGCGAAGUGAGCGUGGACCUGCAGCUGGUAUCGGACGAUGUAGUUUUAGACGAAACUCAAAUUAAAAAAACCAGGGAGUUUGUAAAUUACACGUUCACCAGUGUGUUACGCUUACAGAAGUACCUGAUGCUUUUUAACCCGGAAGCUUCGUUAAAUAACUACCUAAUCGUCCCCACUAUAAGGAGAAACGAUCGAAUCGAGGUGCACUGGGAAUUCAUCGACGUGAUAUUCGACAAUUUAAUAGUAGCCCCAACGUUUAUACCGGACGAGCAACGCACCGACUACGAAUUCAACGAGGCCGAAUACUCCGACGCCGUGGUGAUGCCCUGGUACCGCAACCAGGACCAACCGCAGUACUUCUACGUCGCCGAAAUCUGCAAGAACCUGAACCCGAUGUCCGCCUUCCCGGGCUCCGAGUACGCCACCUUCGAGGAGUACUACAAGCGCAAGUACGGCAUCCAAAUCCAGAACAUCGGCCAGAACCUGCUCGACGUCGACCACACGUCCGCCCGCCUGAACUUCCUCACGCCGCGCUACGUCAACCGCAAGGGCGUCGCGCUGCCGACGAGCAGCGAGGAGACCAAGCGCGCCAAGCGCGAGAACCUCGAACAGAAACAGAUCCUGGUGCCGGAGCUCUGCGCCAUCCACCCGUUCCCCGCGUCCCUGUGGAGGAAAGCCGUGGCUCUGCCGUGCAUACUCUACAGGAUCAACGCGCUGUUGCUGGCCGAUCAAAUCAGGCGGACCGUCGCUAAUUGUUUGAACUUAGGCAGGUCGGAUUUACCUAACGAUUUCAAAUGGCCGUCGCUCAACUUCGGCUGGAGCUUAUCCGAUGUACUAAAGAAAUCCAGAGAAGAAGAACUGAAGAAGCAGCAGCAAGACAAGCUUCCCGACGAACCAAUCGAUGAUAAAACACCUAACGAUUCGACUAUAAAAGAAUGCAAGGACGGCGAGUUACCCGUCGAACCAUCGACGGAGGAGGAGGACGAGGAGACCAAGUGGAUCGAAAUCGGCACGUGGCGCAACGAGAUGGCCGACGACGUCGGCGCCGACGGCGGCGGCGGCGGCGUGCGCUACGCCUCGCCGACCAGCUGGAUGCCGGCGGAGGCGGCCUUCGACGACUUCUCGGACAGCGAGAGCGACUCGUUCGAGGACGAGUCGGAGUCGGAGUGGGGCGGGCUGCGCAUCGAGUUCACCGGCGAGCACCAGGCCGAGGCGCUCGACGACGACGACGACGACGACGACCGGCAGGCGUUCCGCUUGUACGACGACGCGAACGCCUGGAAGAUCGAGGAGGAGAACGAGCUGACGGAGGGCCUCAAGAAGGAGUUCCACGAGGCGUGCGACAGGAACAAGCGGAAGAUUUACACGAGGGGGAUCUUGGUGGGAGCGGCGGGUGAUUUCAGGAAGAGUUGCGCGAAAGACGACAUGACUGGGUCGGUUAGUACCGUGAGAAUCGAAGAGGAUGUGAAUUUCUCGUUGUUGCACGUGGAUUUACAAGUCGAACUUACCAAUAAACUUCACUGUGAUAAUAACGAGUAUGUUAACGAUUACGACAAAUCCGAGGAAUUGUCGUUUAGUUUCGAUAAACAGCCUAAUUUGGCCGAACAUCCCGGUCCAAGCCCGAACGUGCUACUCCAAGCUCUAACCAUGUCGAACGCCAACGACGGCAUCAAUUUAGAAAGGCUCGAAACCAUCGGCGACUCGUUCCUCAAAUACGCCAUAACGAACUACCUCUAUUCGAAAUACGAGAACGUGCACGAGGGCAAGCUGAGCCACCUGCGCUCGAAGCAGGUCAGCAACCUGAACCUCUACCGGCUGGGCAAGCGCAAGUCGCUCGGCGAGUUCAUGAUCGCCACCAAGUUCGACCCGCACGACAACUGGCUGCCGCCGUGCUUCUACGUGCCCAAGCAGCUCGAGGAGGCGCUCAUCGACGCCCAGUUCCCGGCCAACUGCUGGUCGGCGGCCGACAUGGCGGCCGCCAGGAGCAUGACGCUCGACGACAUCUGCGACAUGGUGAGGGAGCGCGGCGAGGAGCACGGCUGCGCGCUCGGGCUGAACGUCGCCGCCGCCGCCGCCGUGCCUUAUAACUUGGUCACGCAGCACAGCAUCCCCGACAAGAGCAUCGCCGAUUGCGUGGAGGCCGUCAUCGGGGCGUACUUGAUCGAGUGCGGCCCGCGCGGGGCGCUGCUCUUCAUGGCUUGGCUGGGCAUACGAGUUUUGCCCAAACUCUCCGACAGCACUUACGGUGAAAUCCAAUUACCCAGAUCUCCUUUAUUAAGGCAUAUUCCGGAUCCCGAAGGGGAGCUGGCUCGGUUGCUGGAUGGUUACGACGCGUUCGAGAAGAACAUCGGUUACAAGUUCAGGGAUCGUUCGUAUUUACUGCAAGCUAUGACGCACGCUUCCUAUUAUCCCAACCAUCUAACCGACUGUUAUCAACGUUUGGAGUUUCUCGGCGACGCUGUUCUCGAUUAUUUGAUAACGAGGCAUCUGUACGAAGAUCCCAGAAUGCAUUCCCCGGGCGCCUUAACCGAUUUGAGAUCCGCGCUGGUCAACAACACGAUAUUCGCAUCGUUAGCUGUAAGAAAUGGGUUUCAUAAAUACUUCAGGCACUUAUCACCGGGGUUGAACGAGGUAGUGGAACGGUUCAUUAGGUUGCAAGAAGAGAGCGGACAUUCGCUGGUCGACGAGCUGUACUUGGUGGUGGAAACCGAAUGCGAAGAGGUGGAGGACGUGGAAGUGCCCAAGGCGCUAGGGGACGUGUUCGAAUCGGUGGCGGGGGCGGUGUUCCUCGAUUCCGGGAUGUCGUUGGACGCCGUGUGGAAGGUGUAUUACAGGAUGAUGAAGAUCGAGAUCGAGCAGUUCAGCAACAAGGUGCCGAAGUCGCCCAUAAGGGAGCUGCUCGAGCUGGAGCCGGAGACCGCGAAGUUCGGCAAGCCCGAGAAGCUGGCCGACGGGAGGAGGGUGAGAGUUACCGUGGAGGUGUUCGGAAAGGGGCUGUUCAAGGGUAUAGGUCGCAACUAUCGCAUCGCCAAGUGCACUGCGGCUAAAUGCGCCCUGAAGCACCUCAAAAGGAGAGGUUUGUUGAAGAAAACGAACGAACCCUAAAAUCGAGCGUUUUUGAUUGUUGUUGAAAACUAUUUAUGUUAUACAUAUUUAUUUAAGUAUUUAAUUGGAAGUAUUUUUUGCAAUACAUUGUGUCUGUGAUUGUAAUUUUUAUUAAAUUCGUUUUUCGAACAACAUGAUGCCUCACCUUAGAUAUUUGUUCAUCUCAUUAAACUUAUUUCGUAACAGUUUAUCGAUCCGAAUCGAGUCACUUAGACUCGAAUUCUGAUUAUUAGCAUAUGCAUGUUGCAUUUUAGUUCUCGGAUGUGUUAAUGUUGUUAAUUAAAUUUUCAUGCGUUCACAUAAUAAGGAAACACCUCGUACAAGCUGGUAAUUGGUAUUCGAGAUUUAUUGUUCCUAACACAAAUUAUUCUUCAUUAACUUUUUUCUCGAGAUAUUUGAACUAUUGCAUUAAGUAUAUAGAAAAUUGUCCGGUGAUAUUUUCGCUAAUCGACGUCCAUGUUUUUAUUGUGGUAUCUUAUACCAUUUAUAUCACAACUUUGUACUUUAUACUUUGUAUUUGUUGGAAUUAUAUAAAUGUAAAUGAUUAAACGUAAAAACGAUAAAUAAAAUGAUGUUAU